UCGCAAACUCAUCUCUCACUAAGUGAAAUGACCAUGAGAAUGAGACCAUGAGUGCAGCCUUCGAGCGUCCAUGUUUAACGCAUGCUAUGACCGACGCACGUGGCGGCGCGCCACCAUGGCAACCCAGUAACAUCGAUAUAACAAGUAUUUUUGUGCAUAACCGAAAAUGUCCAACAAACCCAAACGACUGCUGGAAAGAUACGAAGUUUUGUUGGAACAUCUAGAUUUCGAGUACAUUCGUCAGUGCAAUGAUGAGCGAGAGCUGGAGAAAAUAGUGAAAAUUCUUCGUUCUGGAGAGGAAGGAUAUUUUCCUCAGCUAACCUCGUUUGCCGAACAAUCUUUGCAAACACUGAAUCCCAACAGUAAAGUUCUACGAAAGGAAACCCCACUGGGCACCAAAGAGAGUGUGCCAACUGAUUCCUGGCAGCAAAUAAAUUUGGAUUUAAAGCAGUGGGAAACCAACAUAACGGCUGCUCACGAGCGAAUUCUGGAUAGGAAACAUGUACCGUUGCUUUCUAUUCCUCCGAUUCGAAAUAGUUCCUCUAAUAUAGAAAGCCAAAAAACUUCUAGCGUAAUUGUUGAAAAGCCACGCUACUGUGACUAUCGAAGUUGGGAUCAGUACGAUCCCGAUACCGAAAUGUUGAAAAUGGAUCUUAGCGAGGAACGACACCGAGAAUUACUAGUUCAGAAGCGUAACGAUGAGAGCAUUGAUCGCAGCGAGGUCGAUUUGGAGGCCGACACUCUGCGGGAACUUUCCGAGCCUGAACGGGAAACAUUGGCGGGAAAAUUGCGGGAAAAAGGAAACGACUAUUUCAGAGCCAAAGAAUUUGAUAGUGCCCUCAAGGAGUAUAGCGCCAGUAUCACCGCUUUUCCAACUGCGGCAUGCUUCAACAAUCGCGCAAUUACUUACAUAAAGCAAACGAGGUAUACCGAAGCGAUCGCAGAUUGCGAUUCGUGUUUGAAACUAGAACCAAACAAUUUGAAAGCUCUCCUUCGGAAAGGUGAAGCUUUGUUUAGCAGCCGAAGGAAUCGUGAGGCAUAUCAAAUAUACUGCAGAGUAUUGUUGCUAGACGCCACCAACGCGAUAGCUGUGAAGCGCAUUAACAUUAUUCAACAGCAAAUUUUUGAUUUACCCCCAGUAAAUGCACACCAAAUUAUCAUAGAAGAUGUGCGAAACGAUGCUAACGAAGAAAACGACUAUGCCGCUCUUAUUAAACCUAAAAAGAUAACCAAGGAUAAACUUCCCAACGCGAUCAAGCUUCUGGAGAAAGAAACAGCAAAGAUGGUCCGAAAUCACGCGACCGAAAGCCAACAAAGCGUUGAAAUCCUCAACGAAAACUCCCGGAAGUCCAAAGUCGGCGCGAAAAAAUCUCUGAUCGAAGAACUGUAGAUUAUAGCUUUAUUGGAAUAAUGCUUAUUAAAUUAUAAUAAAAUAGAGGCACCUGGUAAUGCAUUUCGAAAUGAUA